ACUUGUGAAAGUGUGUAUGAAAUUAAAAUUUCUUUCUUACAGAAACUGAUAGAGAGAAUCCCACGCCUCCAAUCCCCAAUCACUUCUGAAUUUUGCAGCACCCACCUUCUCUCUCUCUCUCUCUCUCUCUACAAUAUUAUAUAUCCAAAAUUGUUUAAUAGUUUUGAGUUGGGUUUGUCGUUUGAGUCGGCCAUGGCGGAGGGUUUUGAACUCUACCAUGUCCCACAGCAAAGCAGGCGAGACAAGCUGAGAGUAGGAGUUGGGAGUGGCGCUACUAAUAAUCCCAAUUUCCUUCCUUUAUAUCAUGAUGAUGAUGGUGAUCCCUCUUCUUUAAUCUCCCCCGAUUUUGAUUUUCAUCAAAACCCCUCUUUUAAUCUUCAUAAUCAUAAUCAUUACCCUCCCACUCCCCCUGCUGCUUUCGCCACCACCGCCCACCAUCUCCCCCCGCUCCUCCCCGACCAACAACAACCACCCUUGUCCCUUGACCUCAACCUCCAACACCGCUACGCCUCUUCCCCCGCCGCUUUCUCUCCUCUUCUUACCUCCAAAUUCUUGAAGCCAGCUCAGCAGCUACUCCACGACCUAUUCCACUACGCCGGCAAGUUCCCGCCUGAUUCCCCCCUUGUUGACCCUCUUCUUGACAGCUUGGGCGCUGAUAUUCCCACUGCCGCUCUUCAUCAUGACCCCACCGACGAUGGAAUUGAAAGCCGGAGGAGAAAAUCUAGGCUUAUUACCAUGCUCGACGAGGUUUAUAGAAGAUAUAGGCUAUACUAUCAGCAGAUGCAGGCAGUGGUGACAACAUUCGAGUACGUUGGUGGGCUUGGCAAUGCAGCUCCCUACGCGAACUUAGCCGUGAAAGCCAUGUUUAAGCACUUCAGAUUCUUAAAGAAUGCCAUUGCCGACCAGCUCCAAUUGAACAAGCAGCAUCAGCAGCAGCAGCAGCCGCCGCCGCCUUAUAACCCGUACUGUCAAAGAUCUAUUCACAACAACAGUGGGGGAUUCGUGGAUCACCAACCCGUUUGGCGCCCGCAGAGAGGCCUCCCAGAGAGUGCUGUCACCGUCCUCCGAGCUUGGCUGUUUGAACAUUUCCUCCAUCCUUAUCCUACGGAUACCGACAAGCUCAUGCUGGCUAACCAGACUGGUCUCUCGCGAAGCCAGGUAUCAAACUGGUUCAUCAAUGCAAGAGUGAGGCUAUGGAAACCAAUGGUGGAAGAAAUCCACAUGCUAGAAACAAGGGAAGCUCAGAAAUCUCAGCACAGGGACGCCAAUAAUGGAACUCCCUUAAACAACAACGACGACCAUCUUUCAUCCACAAACCAAUCAUUGAAUAACGCAUCUUCUUCAAACCAUGACCAACACCCACUCCACUUAUCCAGCUCCAAUUUCUUUCCGACCCACCACCCUCACGCGCCUGCCGGAGCCACCACGAUGGGCGCCGGCAACGUUUCCUUAACUCUGGGGCUCCACCAGAAUCACGGCGGGAUCACUCUCACGGAGCCGUUUCCGAUCAAUGCAGCUCAGCAUUUUAACCUUGGGUUAGAAGCCAACGGUGAAGGGUUUGUAAAUGAGUGGUUUUGAUUGAUAUUUAUAUAUAUAUGUCUGUGUGUGUGUGUGUGGUUUGUUGGGUAAAGAUGUUCAAUUUUGGACAUCAUGGGCAGCGAGGUUGUUAAUUCAGACAUUAUACUCACAAAUUUUGAGCUACGUGUAAGAAUUUUAUAAUCUGACCUGAAAUUGGAGUUGGCCUAAUUUGUUUCCUUGUAACCA